AUUGAUAUUGAUCGCAAUGGCCUAGAUUUGAUCCAAUUUUAUGCCAGUUUAUACCUGUCUUAAAAAGUAUGGCUGAUAUAGACGAAUCGAAAGUUCCUUCUGUGCGUCAAGGUAAGAUCUUGCUGUGAAUAUGGGCAGAAAUACUCUUGAAAACGUUGUUUACUUCACAUGACCAAGGGUAGCUUGAUUUUAGCUUGUCAAAGGGCCAUUUAUUCCAGUAGAUUUUUCUUUUGUUUUGUACAGAGUGGAGGAAAGAACACAUUAAAUAAAAAAAUUCCUGUCGUAUCUACUGUUCAAGUUUUUCCACUGGAAAUGUCAUAAUAUUAUACACCUUGGACAUCGAAUCAUUUGAAUCGUCGGCAAAUUUACCAUAUAAAUCGAAGUGUAGAGGGCAUCCAAGUUUAGACAGUUACAUGCGUUGAGUUUACUGCUGUUCAUAUUAAAAUCUUGGGCCACAAAACCGAUAUAAACUUUACCUGAGUGGCUCUUAGAAGCUUCAGGCGUAUGUAUCGCAUUUUUGAAACAGUUAUUUUUUAUGGAAGAAGAGACGAGAUCCCAUUGUGUUCUCAAAUGUCAGCUAGCGGCCGCCAUCUUUGACUGAUCACAUCUUUCAAAUAAAAUUUCAUCGCGUCGCUUUAAUCUCUUUUGUUAAACAAAUUGCGUUAAAGAUCAUUGCAGAACUCGGAGUUGUUGCUAAGCAAAGUAGAUAUUAAGUUAGGAAUUUAUUCUGUAGCGCUGUGAAUUUGAGACAACUGGAAUGGUACAAUUUGCCCACAUGCUGUCUGUAAUCUUCUUGUGAAAACAUCUUACAAGUGAGCAUCAUUUACUUUACUUACCCAUUUGUUUAAAAGGCCUACCUAGCUGGAGUCUGUUUGUCGGUUAAGCGUGGUAUCAUACUUUUGCGGCAAAAUGGAAUCCGUAAAUCGAUAUUUGAGCUGUUCUGUCACAUAAACGAAUAUCUUUACUUUCAAGUAAAAUACUUCUUUGACGAAUUUUGUCCUGAUCCAGGUCGUGAUCUUGUAAAUCUCAUUGUCUGCUCAUUGUUAGACAUAGUUCGUAAAAUUAUUAUAGGUGAGAUAUUUUUUUUAAAAGAAAGACAUUUUUUCCAACCUGAAAUUACUCUGUACUAGGCGGGCUGUUGCUUGCAUUAGCAGACUUAAAAUUAAAGUUACUAGACAAAAAUUCCAAAUCAAACAGUUCAACUUUGUAAACAAUCUAGUUUCAUUAACUAUCGAAAAGAAAAAAACAGAAAACAUGUUCUGCCCUAGAAUAAAAUUUUGGAGCUUUUGACAUUAAAAGUAAACUGAAUAUUUUCACACGUUCUUUUGUGUGAGGUAAGCCGGGACGAGAUCUUUUGUUUGCUGAUUAUUUAUAUCUGCCAAGGUCAAUUGAAAAACGUGAGAAAAUUAGAAUUGAGAAUAUUCUUUUUUCCAACAUGUAUGCUCCCUAUGAGGUCCAGCUACAAAAGAUAAUUUGUACAGUGACGAGCCCUGUUUUAAAAACAUUUUAAAAGCUGUUUUCAAAACAUGAUAUGAAAUUUCACUCCUGAUCAAUUUAGUACUUAAUUCUGCUAAUUUGUUUGCUACAAUUUUACAGCUGAUUUCGAUGGAUACGACUAAAAUUGUUUAGUAAUUUUUUUGGAAGAUAAUUUUCUCCUUUAGUUUCAUGUUGUGGAAGUUUGCAGUUUCCCCUAAAUCUGGAUCUUGAAAAAGAAUAAAGCUGUCAUAAUAGAAGUUUUUUUUAAAAAAAGUAAUGUGAUUUGUUUUACUGUCUUAUCUUGUUUUAACACUGUUGGGCUAUAUUAUGUACAAAAUAUUUGUGAUAGUGGGUAAUUGUAUAGCUGUAGUGCAACCAGGUUUUCACUAUUUGUAAAGUAGAAGGGUGCCCAAGGUUGAGAAGGCAGAGAAAGAUAGAAAUUUGGUUUGAGAAUGGUCCUUUUUCGAAUUAAAUAUUGCUGAUGAAUAUAGAUAUUAACGAUACAUUCACACAGGGUUUAUAGCCGCAACAUAAAGUAAAAUAUUCACAAAUUUCAGCAAGUAAGUGUUUGAAAUUUGAAAAUACCCAAUAGAAAGAGUGAUAAACAGGUCUUCUUCUUGUUGGAAUUUGUGAAUAUAAUUAUAUUAUUUCAGAUGGAGGCCAAGCCAGUAAAAAAUGCAUCUUUACUUCUUUUAUUCAGCGGUCAUAGUGAAUUUGAAACUAGACUAUUGACUUUUUGUGGGGGCUUGAGGACAUGUUCCGUGCUUAGAGUACGCUAAUGGUAGUACCCAGGUUCCAGCUUUUAAUGAAACCCACGGUGUACAAAGCUGAGCUGUGUACGUACAAACAAAUUAAAGUAGUGUCCGAUAGCCUGUAACUAGUGGAUUUUGCGAUAGGGCUAGUCAAAAUAUAUUCUUUUCUUGACCUGCCGGAUGGACAAGUGAAGUUUUUUUGGAGGAAUUCGAAUUACAGAAGUACUGCAAAACAAAUUGCUGGUUUCAAUUCCUAACAAAUUCAUUUGGAUCAAAAGCUUUUUCAAGCUGAUCUGGCAACAUGAAAUCAUUGCAAUUACAUGUAUUAUUACAAUGAAUAAAUAAAACUACAAGUAAUUUAUUCACCACUAGUGUUAUUAAUUAUAAAUAAUAAUAAUAAUAAAUUGAUUAUCAAUAUCCUGCUCAUCAAAAUAAUUUUUCAAAAAUAUUAUUAUUGGCAGGCUACAUAAAGUAACAGCUACAAGCUGUAAAGCUGAUUUUCUUGGCACCCUUACAGGGAGAGCUAUGGGAUUAACCUGUUAAUCUAUUUAUUUUAUUGUCUGCAAACUAAAUUGGGCAUCAGGGCCAGUGAAAGUUGAAUUACCUGCAUGUCUCUUUAAUUUUAUAAAGACCUUAAACAUGACUCAAAAUAAAAAUAGUUCGACUUGGCACGUGACAGUCACACACAGGUAACCAAAUUUGCUGCCAUUUUAGUCCCCAAAUUUUUUUCUCCUUGCUAUAUAUGGUGACCAAUGCAGCCAUACCUUAAAGCUAUGUGGGAUUGUGUCUAUUUGCAUGUUGGCUGUCAAAUUGUGAAAAACUUACACCCAAUUAUGGAUGUACAUCAGCUGUAGCUUAAAAUCAUGAAAUUUCUAAUUAUUAAAAUGAUUUUAACUUGAUGUGAUUCUAUUAUCCUAUGCGUAAUAACCCUAAAUUAGAAAUGACAAAAUUAGAAAACAAACUGGGUACAUAAAUAUAAACUUGAAUGUAAACCUUAAAUUUCAUUUGAAACUGAUCACUGUGAUUUUCAAUGCCAGAAGAUUGUAACAUACACAUAGGCUAUGCCCGCUUUAUUGUCCUGACAGAGUUAUUUUUGUUUUUCAGUUUGUCAGGAUUUCAUGGUGCGUGAAGAUGCGUCCCUUGCUCAUCGCCUGCAAGAAGAAGAAUGUAAUUAAUCUUUCUUAUUAACUUUAACAAUGUCAGUGGGCCGGGUAUGAUUGUGAUUUUGACUAGAAAACAAGUAUAGUGUUGAAAUUUAGAGCUCUUAGCUAUUUUCAUCUGCUAUUUGUCAUUAUAAAUCAGCUUUUACAUUGUAGCUUGGUAUUAUUGUAUUGUACCUUACUCUCAACAUGCUCUGGUUACAAAAUAUCCCCUCCCACGUCAGCUUUGCCUGGCAAAACUGUUCGUAGUGAUAGCUAUGAACCAGUCGCUGUACAUACAUAUGUACCUAGCCCUUAUUAAAGUGUCUGAGCAUUCUAGGGCCUCUUGGCUCUAAUUGGGGAAACACAGUGGAGUUUUAGGUAACUUUUCUUAAUGUUUGUCAAUGUGGUUGUUUUAAUUUGUAGUUGGCAAUCACUACAUCAGAAACCGGAGUGAAAGAAAAACUGUUCGUGAGGAUGUUAAAGCUGCAAAGAUUACAUAUUUAGAAGAAGUAAAACAUUCUCAAAUCCUUCCCGAAGAUAUGGUACACAAUAUGUGAGUUGAACUAAUAUGUAUCAUUGGUGUAUUUUUUAGACUAGCUGUGCAUUGAACAGAGGCGUUAAUAAUGGAUUCAAACAGUUUCAUGCAAAUUCUCUUGCCUUCAAAACAAACCGACUGAUUUGAGGCAUUUUUAUGGUUUGUCAUUUUUUUACAACCAAUUGUAUGCAGUCAAAUUGUGUUAUUAUGUAAGAGUGACUGUUUUUUCAAAAAUUAUUACAUGUAUAUUAAAAAAUGGAAACUAAUCAGGCAAGACACAAAUAACUCUACAGUCAAAUCCUGUUAAUACGGACACUGAGGGGCCAUAGAAAGUGUCUGUAUAACGGGGUGUCCGAGGGUCAAAUUUAGAGGAAAUGUAAGGGCUUUCUUUCCCUAGGGAAAAAGCAAACUGUUCAUAAAAAUUUCGUCUCCAUAUUAAGUGUGUGUCCUUACAUCGAGUUUGACUGUGUUUUCUUCAGUUCUAAUGUAUAACAAAGGAAGUCAUCAAUGCUUCCCUUGGUUGCAUUGCUUGAUUGGCACCUGACAGUUUCAAGCAUAAAGUAAGAAAACUGUAGAAUGGGGGUUUAACUAUUGUUUUAUUGACAGUAUAACAGUGGAGAUCUAGACUCAUGAGCAAAAGCACAAAACCAUAAAACCAUAAAGUACUGCAGUGUAAUAAUCUAUUUCCGGUGAAUACAAUGACUAUAACUACUGCCGUCUGUCAAUUGAGGCAAGGAACAAUAUCUGCUAUCAGGAAUCGGGAACAAUUUUUUGAGGUCACUGUGACUUCAUAGACUGAGGAAAUUUGGCAAUAUGCUUAAACAGAGGUUCCGUUUUACACUUUAAUUUAUUGUGCAAUUUCAAAGUUUAACUUGUUUGAAUUAAAACCAUUAUGAGUUAAGGUGCUAGUCAUGGAUUAGUUAUCUCACAUCUGAUUGGCUUUUUCCUCACCGACUGUGCAGUGACAUUCCAGAAAUAUUUCUGGUGUUCUCUUGCUGUGAGCCUUUUACCUUAAAAAUUUACGUGUGAUAGUCAGGCAAAAGUAACUUUAUCACAGGUCAACAAUCAGUCUUUGCAAUAAAAUACUGUUUAUUGGAAGAAAUUUAAACUUCAGUUUAGAGCACAGAGUAAAAUGAAUUUCUCGACUUAGCUGAUGAAAACGUGGCAAAAGAGAAUAGUAAUUACUGUGAGUAAGGGAUAUUUCACUUCUGAAUAUAACCAAUCGACAAUCAUUUCUUGUGAUUUCCUGCAAGUAUUGAGGUCUGAGAAAGAAAGGUUAUCUUGGUUUCAAGCUCUCUUCAGCAGAUAUUAAAUAGUAUUUGAUAUUUAGGUGUCAGCAAUUAGUGAUAUUAGACUUCCUUGUAUACACAAAUGUCAAUUAUAUAUAUAUGAUCUUGCAUGAAAACGUGCACUAAAUUAUUAACAUGUUACAGCAAGUCACAGUGGCUUAAUUUGAAAAAUUUUUCCUUGAGGAGAGUGAAAAAAGUUGUUAUUUUUUUAUAGCUUGGAUCUGUUUUAAUCUUACAGAAACUCUCUAUUUUCAGCAUGCCCUCAUACUUGACAUCACCAUUGUGUUACAGGGCCAUAAAAUGUCAGUGUUUCUGAAUUAAACAUAAGAUUUUUUAACUACUUUUCUGACUGAUUUUACAUACAUUAAAUCUUAUUCAGUUAAAGAAGAAAUAAUCAUAUUCAGGUAGUGGAUAUUAUUAAGAAGGGAUCAAAAUUUAUACAACUUGUGAGCAGAUUGAUUUGCAGACAGUUUGCUAUUAAAAGACAAGAAUUAUUAACUAUGUAAAACAUGUUUGACUUAAUUAUGCAAUAUCACUGAAUUCCGGCAAUAUUAUAAGAAAACUGAAAUAUCACGCACAUGUUAAGCUUCAUUGCUUGACCAGACGUGUAUCAUUGCUCAAAAUGAAAGUGAAGUCUCUCGUUUGUUUCUGCAGGCCAAACCCAAACUGGUGAGAAACAGAAUAAUAUUAUGAUUUUUCCUCCAUCUUACUUAGAACUGGGCAUAUUUCAGAGGUGUUUUGUUUGUGUCUUGCAAAAGCAGUGACUUUAAAAUUAUAAUUUAAGUUUGCAUGACUGUGUAUGUUAAAUUAUGUACACUGUAUCUUUAUCUCAGGGAAAGAACAGAACACUGGCUAGCCAUAGAUCUUCAACAUAAACUGCAAAAUGAGGUAAGGACUAUGGAACAUUCUAUUUAAUUAGGUUAUUUAAUUUCUUAAAACUCGGACAUUCAGGUAUGUGUCUGAGCAAGUAUAUUCUGAAUGUAGAGUAAUCAAGGGUGUUGUUCACCGGUAAGCGUGAAAGGAUGAGCAAUGAUCUCCGUGACUAAAACAGUGGAUGCAAACAUAAUUAGGCGACAUUCAAGGAGGUGUGAGAUUAUUUCAGCAUAAAUUGAAGUGCACACGCUAAAAUGAAUGUACAACUGUAUGUAAGGUGCAAAAUGGAUUCAGAAAAAUAUUAAAUAUCUUUGUGAUUGUUUGGUUUUUGUUGUUUCAAUCCAUAAUGCAAACUUUAAAGAUCACAGUUCUAGGGCAGGUGUAGUUUAUAAGCUAGACAUCUCAAUUCCAUGAAAAUUUAACAGUUUACUUGUCUCUACAGGAAAUAGAGUGUGAGAGAAGAAGAAGGGACGCUGAAACUAGAGAUGAGGUAUGCCAAGUAGAACAUAUCAUUUAUUUGACUCUGUUGUCUGCUGUGGAUGUAAACAUGCAUAUAAUAUAAGCCAGCCCAUAGCUACAAUUAUUAAAUAAUAAAACUCAGCAUUGUUCCUUUAUUGCAAGGGUAUCGUCAGCCGCUUAUCCAUGUAGUCGAAACAAACUCUGAAAUGGUAAAAUUUGAAAAGUAGGCAGCUGUCUAUUAACAGUAUUGCUAGUAAGCAUUUAGUAUUGCUGUUAGAUAUAUAUAAAGCUGUACUUAAACAUAAGGUCAUUAGCUCUGCAUAUUAGUUUGUCUGUGAACCUAUGGUUCUUUUUAGCUAUUGUGGCACUGUUCGUAACUUGUGGAAAAGGAAGGAGUGCGUGGCAAAAAUCCCAAGACACUUGUGAUUGAAGUACUAGAUUUCCCUUUCAAAUUACCUCAUGUUUGGUUUUUGAAACAAGGGAGAAUUUGUUGUAUGAUCAAGUUACUUAAGGCCUUUUUCAGGCACCCCUUCAAAUAUUAGGUGACUUCCUGAGUAGAAAUACAUUGUACAUGUACUGUAAUCUUGGACAAAGUGGGGUGAAAAUUUAGAUCCCCCUCCACCUCCAAAAUCGAGGAUGGAAAAAUGAUGCAUUUAGGCUUUUGCCCCCUUCAUUCUUGAUUUCAAGAGUAUGGGGGGUUUGCUAUGCCAUUAUUUUUAUUCUGUCCAAGAUUAUAGGAUUUAAGAAAUAUCCAUACUUGGAUUAGUACAAAUUCAUUGUAAAUUUUUGUGGGGGAGAACUCUCACAUUUAAAACCAUAAGUGUUUCAGGAGAGGGCAUGGAGCUGAACUGUGAGUUUUCAACAACAUACCUGUGUAUAUUGCAGUUAAUUUUUCUAUUUUAGUUAAUUUUUGUUUUUCCUUUGUUUCAAAUUCAUUACCAUACAUUACCAUACUCCAAAACAAUGGAAAAAUAAAAAUUAACUGAGAUAAAAAAAUAACUACAACAUGUACAUGUACGUGCCCUAGACCUUAAGUUAUUCUUUUGUAGAGUACUCCAUUCUUUAAAGGUUUGAAAUACUUCGGGCAUUCUCUUACCCUCCAAAACUUUAAACUCUCCCCCCCCCCCCCCCCCCCCCCCCCCUGUUCCUUUUUUUUUUGUUCCCACAAUUUCUAAAAACCGGAAAAAAGGGGCAAAAGUUUUUUUUAUCUUUUUUUAUUUUUUUUUUUUAAAAACUAUUUCAAAAAGAGGGGGUUUAAAAUUUAAAUUAAAACAAAAAGGGUUAUUUUUUUUUUUUUGUUUUUUUUUUUUAUAUUUAAAAACAAAAUAAAAAAAAAAAAAACUUAAAAAAAGAAGGAACUAAAAAUUUAAUUCCAAUAGUAGAUGCACGUGCGCCAGCAAUUUGUGUGUUUUUUUGUCAAGAGCUCCAUUUCUUGUAUGUUUUUAAUACCCCGGGGAUUCUCUUUCCCCCCUAACACUUUAACUUCCCCCCCCCCCCCCCACCUUCGCCACUCUGUGCUCUUUUUUGUGCUGCCUACAAUAUCUGAACACGUGGAACAAGGUGCACAAGUUUCUGUGAUCUCUUUAUAUUUAUUCUGUGUAGAACUAGUUCCAAAAAGUGGGUGAUUAAAAUUUAAUGAUAACCACAAUGGUUUAUUGUAUUGUAUUGGUUGUUAUUUAGGCAAUUGCAAGACAGAUGCAAGAAAAAGAAGCCUUAAAACUGGAGCGCGCAAGGCAAAGGCGGUUGGAACGACAACGACAGGAAGAGCAGGAGAAUACAAUGCUCAAUGAUGCUAUUUCACAUUUAACAACAAAUGGCGAAAACCAUGUGAAUCAUUAUGACCCUCCUGAAACACAAACAGGUAAGGCAAACACUUCAGUUUUGUACAAAAUUGGGCUAGGGGGUUGGGGAGAAGAAAAAAAAAGAAGUAAAAGUAGUAGCCCUCCCAACUCUUCUAGCUAUGAUUUGUACAUGUAGUUUCAAGUUUGUGGUGGAAAUAUUCAUACAGAAGUAGUGUAUGUUUUGGAGUAGCAACAAUAGCAAUACAGGGCUGUCAUUAAGAGGCAAGGGCCAGGGAUUCCCCCGGGUUACUAUGGACAUGGCGCCUGGCUACUUUCAAAUGAAAAUAGAAGAAAAAUAGAACCAAAAGAAACCCUUACCUGUUUGAUUCCCUGUCUACUUGUUGUAUUUACCCAGCAACUUGAAAUCUUAGUGACAACCCUGGUAAUACUUAUCAAAAGUUUUUUUGUUUGUGAUAAUGUUAUCUUGACUUUACAGUUUAUCUCUUUCACUGCCGAAGUACUUGAUGGAGUUUUGUAAGGUGACUCUAACUUUUGAGUCUGUGGACCAAAUCCUAUGAUGUGACCAUUCAAAUGAAAGCUCUCUGCCUUUACUUACAUAUGGUGCUAUUUGUUUUUCAAAAUUUCACAAAAUGAAAUUUGGAAAUUUAGUCACAAUUUUCUUUUGGCUAAAUUUGGCAGUGAAAGGGUUAUGUAAAAAUUUUAAAAUGUAUUGGUAAUAACCUCCACCUUCUGCUCCGUUAGCAGCAAGAAAUAGUCCUCCUGUAAAAGAAGACAUCCGAACUCAUCCAAAACUGACGGGAAAAGGAAGCAACAGCAGUAGAGGCUCUGAGAAUGGCUAUUAUCAGGGAGAUGGAGCAGCUGUGGUACAACUUCCCCCACCAGCUGAAGGAGGGAGACUGGAAUCUGACAGGAUAAUAAUGGCCGAUGGAACAGCAAUUGAUCUGUUUGAUGAAAAUGAUGAUGUGGAGGUGCGCGAGAAGGCGCACAAAAGGUCAAGAGAAAAGCAGGAUGAGGUUUGUAAUAAUUAUUGACCGUGUAAAAAUCUAUAAAUUACUUAAAUUAAUCAUUAUUAAGUGGCCAUACCAACUGUGAAAAGUGUAAGUGAUGUUUUUCCCUCAAAAUUCACGCUGCUACAACUCCAAAAAUUUUGCUUAUGAUUAAUUUUCCCAGCAGUUAACAGUCAAAAAUCUACAUACCAGCGACACCCAUUUUUGGGCUCAUCCUUGGUGUAAAAACCUGUGAAACUCACAAGUGACAUAAAACAAUGAACACAAUGAUGCCAGUGAGAAGUCAACACAAUCAAGCCAAGGAAAAUAAUGGCUAGAAAGCAAAGAAAAACCUCACAGGUUUUUACACCGAGGAUUACCCCAUUUUUGAGUUAGUUUCCAGGGCUUGUUUAGUGAUGUGAGACAAGUAUUUUUCCUGUUACGCUAGUAAUUUUUCUUGCUUGCUUGACCCAAUUGUGCAAAGGCCAAGGAAAAUUAUCUCUAAAUUAAAUCAGGUCUUGAAAAAAGUCCCGUUUGUUAGUCUGGGACAGGUGGAUUUUCUUGCUGGGAAAGUAACUUUUAAAGCUCAGGGUCUAGGUAUGUCGUCCUCUUACGAAAUCAUUAACUAAGACAAACAAGAAGUGGCCUGGGGCAAGCAAAAUGUGAAAGUUGGAAUUCAAGUUUUUUUCGAGCCCAGUAAAUCAUAAACUUAGAGGAGGAUGUAACAGCCCCAGGCAAGGAGAAUUUGAGUCCCAUUCAUGCCAUGUACAGGGCUGUCACUAAGAGGCGGAGACCGGGGAUUUCCCCCGGCUACUAUGAACGAGGCCCCAAGCUACUUUCAUAGGAAAAUAGACGAAAAAUAAUUUUGGCCAAAAGAAAUCCCUAGCUGUUUGAUUCCCAGCCUACUUGUUGUAUUUAUGCAUGUACUGUACUGUUAUCAAUUUUCUAUUAAAUUAAGUGUUUUAAAAUAGUCAUUUCUGUUAUUAGGAAUUUGCAAGAAAGUUGCAGGAAGAGGAAAAAAAGGUAAUGUGUGCUAAGAGUGAUCAAAAUUCAAUUUCUCUUUAAAGUGACACUGCACAAUCAGGCUUAAGGGUCAUGAGAAAAAAGGAAAUAAUCAGCAAUACCAUAGAAAAUGUGUAGAGAACAGUGUACAGAGUUUGCAUGCUAGUAUUAGUGGUUACUUUGAAGUCUUUAGAGUAAUCAGCAUCAGUUUUCUCCUCUGAUAGUACCUUUACAUCAUAAGAGAAAAUGAUUUAUGAGAAAUAAUACAGUGAUCAUCCAAGUGAAAAUGCUUUUAUCUUUUUAAAAACAAAUUCUCCCAACCAAUUCUUUAAAACUUAAAAAGCGAGAAGAAAAAAAUGGGCUGAGUUAACUUUCGCAAAGACUUCUGGGUUUAAAAAGAAAUUGGCCAAUAGGUGACCGGCGCUUGCCCAGUCACGAUCCCACAAACAAUUGCGGGACGCUUUUCAGCUCCAGUUCCCUACUCGUCUCUGUAUGGAGACGAGGCCGGAGUACUUGUAUGUGGAUUUUGGGACUUAUAGGGUUAAGGGUUGACCAGAUGUUUUGGGCGGUUUUCAUCACCUAAUCGCAGUGUUUUCUCUUUGAACCAUUGAUCUACAAUGCUAGAUAAUAAUUCUUGGUUUGCAACUACGUGACAACGCGGCCAUGUGAAGGGUCAAUACAGUAGAAUUUUUUCUCGAAGAAUUUAGAUGAAAAUAGAAUUUAGUUCCCAGAGGAGAGUAUAAUGUUUUUGUUCUUGCCCUCCAACAUGGCCGCCGUGACGUCACGUGCAAACCAGCAAUAAUGUUGAAAGAACAUUGCAAAGUGAAAAUAAUAAAUUCUGCAUAUUUGUUCCAGAGAUCUUCAAUCUUCAAUUUCUUUUUUCUUUAGAUGUUAGAACAAGACCGGCAGGCCGCAAAUGAUAGGAGAGUGGCGUUAGAAUAUCAGGACAGGGUAAGAAUAAACAGAUUGCUUAAAGAAAUCCAAACUUCUGUUAGUCCUAAAACGCCUUAACCCAUUCGCUCGUAGGAAAAAACGCGUUUUGAAGCUAGGGGAGCCGUUUUCUAGCCUCUGUCCAACUAUGAAGCGCUAAAACUUACCACAAAAUCGUUUGCAGGUCGCACACAUGGCAGCGUAAGCCGCUCCUCCGCUGGCUUCACUGUCCUGUUUUAGAGAACGAGUGGGAGAAUGGGGAGAGAACGGGGAGUAAUUUUCCUCCUUUUUUUGUUCUCAGACUCCUCACGGUCAGGGUCAGCCUAUGGCUUCCUUCUGAUCCAGAUGCAGCAUAUUAGCUUGCGAAGUUCGGGCCUUCGCAGAAAGCAAAAUUUGAAGAAAAUUUCGGGUUUAAAAGUAACACAACAGUUUUGCCUUUUUUUUUUCGCUUUUCUUCCUUCUUUUUUUCCUUUUGCUGGGCAUUUUGUUGGCUUCAUUUCGUUAGGAAAAGUUUCUUGGAAAGCUUUUAGGUGAAAGGAAACGUACGGGGUAGUGGAAUGAGAUUUUCAUUGGAAUUUUCGGGUCAGCGUUGCAUGGUUUUUUGACCGAAUCGUACUCAUUUUGGUAUGGUUUGAAAGAUCUCUUCAUCUUGCACAAGUUAGCGGACAAAGUUGUCCUUGACCGUUAAAAAUGAUGACGUCACCAGCGGGAGAAGAAACGUGGAUCCGCACGGGUGGUAACGGCCGGUUCAGGGGCAAAAUGGGUUAAGUUAGAUUUAGUGAAGAUAACACUUGAAGGAAACCCCAAAAUGCUUGACCAUUCAGAUAAAUUAAAGCUAAUAAACAGUACUUUCUUAUAUGAGGUAUUUGUAACUGGAAAGUCAGUGGAUGUAAUAAAUGUUGUGACUAUUUCGAUUAAAAGCUAAUGAGUAUUACAUUCCUGUUGUGUUUCUUAUUAUGUUAAAUGUGACCAUCUAAGUGAAAUCUCUUUAGCAGCGCUUUCAUGCCACUCUUUGGAAUUAAACGGUUUUUAAGGGAAUGUUUGGCUGAGUCAACAAUUAUACUUAACGUAGUGCUAAAUGUUAUAAUUACAGGAAUUCGCAAGAGAGUUACAAAGAAGAGAGUACGUUCGAUUACAGAAGCUCAAGAGAGAGAGACAGCUGAGAAGAGCUCAAACAGUUCCCGCUGAGAGUACUGCUGGCGGAAGCACAGGAGAACUUCAGGUGAGACGUGCUGCAUUGAACAAGUGAUGACAUUUUGCAAGUAAUGGUUUUCGUAAAGCUUUAAAGUUUUAGUCGUAGUUAUACAUAGCGUGAGAGAAGCAAUGUCUGGCAGUAUAUCCAUCGUUGUGUUUUGAGGUAAAAGAGUUCACGCUCGCUCACGCUCAAGUUUGUUUCCCGCGAUGCUCCCUUCGUGCUUUCCGCCUUUUGCGCGGGAAAUUCCAUAACCUCUUUUUCUGAUUAAAACUUCCAACUGUUUUCGUCAAUAAUCUACCCUGUCAUCCUGUUUCCGGGGAUUCUCAGUUAGCAAUGUAUCUUACGAGAUCUCUGAUCUUUGCACUCAUAACUGGUCAACUCAAAUUGCCAUUCAGUGCCAUCUCUACUUUUGUGAUUUUAGCCUGUUCACACCCUCUAUCUUCUCUUCAAAGUCCGUCGAGCGCGGGUAAUAAAAUAUAAAUCGCACGGGAUUUAUUGACCGCCGCGCUCGCUUCGCUCGCGAGCACGCCGAUGUUUUUGAAAAGAACGAAAAAAGAAAUAAUAAUAAAACAACGUCUGUUUACAGGCUAUUGUCAUUUUAAAUCACCAUUCCCGGUUUGAUUGAUUUUUUUUAUAGUCACAUCAGAGACUACCAUCGUAUGACGAGGCAGUCCAGAGAGAACCAAUCCCUGAUCUGCUGCAAGACGACUCUCUUCAUCAGAAACAACCCAGCCCUAGACGAGACAUGAACACUCAACCGGAUGGUUCAUUUGAGCGGCGAGACAAGGCGACGAAGCGAAUAUCACAAGCAAGCUCCUAUGGCUCUCAGUCGUCAACGAGUGCAUCGCUUGAAAGAGAGUCACUGCGGCAUCAACAAGAUUACCGACUGUCAGAGUCCCCUAACCACUCGCCGCUGUCAUCCCUGGAUGGCUCGCUUGAAAGGACAGAAGGAUAUAUUAGGCAGAAUUCUCACAGAUCAUCAACCAGUUCAUCGCAUUCCGCAUGUAACAUACGGCCUAUCCAAUCGCCAACUUCUCCAGAUACGAGAGAAGCUGUGUGGGAAAGGCUUUAUGAAGAAGGUGAUGACAUUCCACGACACUCAAGGCAUCAAAGGAUUGUGGAAAGACGUACAACGGUGGCCAGCUCUUCGCCUUCAAACCAUUUAGUCACAGAGUUGCAAAAUAGCGGUAGCUUAAGAAAUGGAACUGAUUGUAACAUUGCUGAAUUGAUAGAUCCGACAUUUAACAGGAAAACACAGAAUAAUAAUGAAGCAAGCCCUCCGUCGACUCUGGGAAAUCCAGAAUCAAAACCCAAGCCAGUUGCUCUGAUACAACCUCAACGCAGACGGAACUCUGAUAAGAAGAAGAAAGAGAAGGAGAAGGAAUGUAAGCAGCAGUGAAAAAGGAGACUUUUAAAGGAUUUUUAGCCUGACUCGUUCCCAGUCGUCUUUCACAACUAAUCUCGUACCCCGAUAUCUUGUUGACAAAGCCGAAGAGAUCUACGUUCGAGAGUAUUUCACGACCUCUCCUUAGUGGCCCUCGGGGUGUGACAUCACUCCCUGUCCCCCCCGCCCACCCCCUUAUUCGCGCGCGUUACGCGAAGACGAUUGGGGACGAGUCACUGUUUGCAAUAUAUUAAUGGUUUUCCUGAGGGGAUGCUAGCAGUGAAGGUUUCUAGCACUUUUUCUUAACGAUUCUCGUCACAGAAUGCUAGUGGUGCAGUUUAUUAAAGAGGUGAAGAUCAUUUCUCCUUGUCAAUCAAAACUUGCCCUACAGGAGUCCUGGUAACCGACGAAUUUAAUUCGUCGUCGUUUCCACGAAGUAUGAAUUGUGGUGUUAUUACGCCUGAAACAUUUCCAGCUUUUGUAAGACUCUCCUGUAAAAAGAAUAUGUAAAAUUUGUUUCGUUAUCAUGACAGUGAAAACCUGAAGCUGCAGUUCUCUCUCAGGUUCAAAAAAAGAAGGAAAGAAAAUGCUCAUUACUAGUUGAAAAUUGUGAAAUGUCAAAGUUAACAUUGUGGGUCAGAGUUGCGUAUUUCUGUACGGCGUCUUCCCAGGCCUUCUCGGUCAACGCUUUUUGAGGAACUCGUUGGUACCACGCGACCUAAAACGCACAGGCUGCGUGAAGUCAUCGUGGUAACUAGAACCCAUUCCAAUAAUCAGAAGAUCUUAGUGUUGUUUUGACUGACAAGGUCCACCUAUUCUCACGUCUGGACUGCAACAAGGGGCCGGUGAUGUCGCUAAAUAUAUUAGAAAGUAAUAAUAAUCCGGGAAUGAUUAGUAAUAAUGAGAUGAUGAAUCGUGGCUGAAAGAAAAGAAAAGAAUAUAUGAAAGAUGUGAAUUAUUCUUUAAAUUGAGCUUACAGAAGCCAUUUAUGAUGUACGGUAGUUAAUUUUCACGAGACACUCAUUUAAGAGAACAUGAUGUCCAGUUUCUUUGUAAAUCCUGUAAUGAAUUGAGUCGUAAGGGUACAAUUCGUAGUUUUUAGCUUCUUAGCUCAUGUUCACAGUAUACCGCGCCAGCACGAAAAACAUACCGGAUGGGGUUUCUGUUCACGCAUGAGAACCGUGAUUUAGGCGCGAUUUCUGUAACGGAGAGAAACUGCAACACGCCGAUCUCCAAAGUGGAGCGCGUCACAUAUCGGAUAGGUUUUGUGCUACACUUUGGUACCGUGUGAGCAGGUAUUCAGAGUGAGGCCAAACAACUCGUUCCUGUUUCGACCGUUGCUGGUCAUAGGAUAGUUUUUUUGUGUGUCGACACGUCGUUAAGGUAUGCGGUAUAGUUAAGACAUGGCCUGAUAGUGCUUUUCUAGGGUGAAUCCUCUUUGAUUUUAAACAAAUAAUUUUGAUUUUUUUACUGACAAGCUACUAACGAUCCAAAUUUUUCAAGGACGUGAUAUCUGAAGCGUGAUUGUCAUUGGCCGUAUUCACACUAGAGACGGAUUAUCCGUCUGAGACGGUUUAUCCAUUAGAUACUUCGUGUCAGACAGAUUAAUACGUCUUAAUUUGAAAAUAGAACGGUUUCAAAUUUGAAUGGACAAUCCACCUGACUUUAUCGAUCUGUUUUUCCGUCAAUUUUGAUGGAUUUUGAAGGUGGAAUAUCCGUCUGAGGCGGAUAAAUCGUCUCUAGUGUGAAUACGGCCAUAUAGACGCAUCGUCCGUCUGGACGGAUAAUGCGCCCUCUAGUAUAAAAACGGCUAUUGCCUUUACUGUGUUAGCAUUUAAAAUAGUAAAUCUGCUUUUGUCACCACCAGGAUGUGACACAAGAAAGCUAUUGCAUUUUUUCGGCACUAACUGGCGCCAAGCCAAAACGUGUCA